GUUAGCUAAAAUGAACGGAUUAACAAUUGAAAUAGUUAGCUAAAAGGAACUUGAAAUAUUUAGAUUAAAGUAAUGUGUAACAUUUAAACUAGUUAGCAAAAAUGAACGGAUAAACAGUUGAAUUAUUUAGGUAAAAGUAAAGGAAAAACAUCUGAAAUAGCUAAAAAUAACAUGUAUGCAGUUAUAUUUGCUAUAUAGGUAAUUGUUGCAAUAGCUAGCUAAAGUUAAUAGACAUUUGAAACUGUUAGCUAAAUGUGUAAACAGUUGAAAUAGUGAGGUAAAAGUGAUGGACAGAUGGUUGAAAUAGAUAUAUGAAAGUAUUGGAUAAAGAAUAGUUAGCUAAAUGUUAGAUGCAGUUGAAAUAGAUAGCAAAGAUGUAUGGAUAAACAGUUGAAGCUAAAUAGUAUUGGUGAUAGGGUUUUUCUGACAGCUUGGCAGCCCUAGGUUUAGUCAUGGUUUAGUCAUGUUCAGUUAGAAAUAGUCUGGCCUGGUUUAUUUUCUUUGUUAAAUGUCAAGCAACCUCACAUUCAACUAGUGGUUUAAAGGUUUGUUUGAAGGUCAAUAGAAAAAUACAUCUACCUCUAUUAUGAACACCAACAUUUCAUCUUCUCUUCCACAGGGAUCACAGUGACUUAACUCCAACCUCAUAUCUUCUGUAAACACAGAGCUGAGAGCUGCUUCCUUCCUCGUCCUGGAUAAGACGUUUCACAUGUAGGAGGCCAACAUGAAGAAAAAAAAGCAGCAGCCCAGAAAACUCACCAAAGAAAAGUAUAAAAAUGUGUGUAAAGUACGAACCAACAGUCAAACCAAAUGACCAUAAAAGGCUUCAGUGUAUUAUGACUCUUUUAGGAAGUAGUGUGUUAAAUGUUUAUAGUUAGUGACAGAAGGCCUGUAGUUGACCCUUAACACUUAAUGGUUUGACAUUUUAAGAAAUACGCUUAUUCACUUUCUUGCUGAGAGUUAUGUAAGAAGGUCAAAACCACUGAACGGUAAAUAUGAAGCUACCAAUAGCUACAGGUUAGCUUAGCUUAGCAGUUUGCCAGGAACUUGCUGUGACCCUAAAUCUAGUUUAAUUACUAACACGCUACUUGAUAUUAUCAGAAGGCCUUAUUAUAAAUUUACAAGAUGUCAAUCUUGUCCAAAGUGUUAAAUUAACACUUUUGUAAAAAAAAAAAAGUAUCACUGCAUAAAAACACCUGUGCCGAUACAAGCAAGUGCCUUUAUCACGUUAUUUAAGGUUUCCAUGGACAAAGCCUCCCAGGCCUUCAGGUCCAACAGGCUGGAGUUUGAGAGCUUCCUGCAUGAGAUGAUUCGGUGGUUUUCAGACCGUCAACAGGAGGUGGACGAGCUGUUCAGCCACAGUGACACAGACAGAAGUGGAUCAGUCAACCUGAAGGAUUUUGAGCUGGGUCUGAUUAACUUGGACGUCCCUUGUCAGCAGUUUCAGCUCCACAUGCUGAGUCAGCUGCUGAAGACCAACGACAACAUGAUCAGUUAUCAAGACUUGAGCAGCCAAGUGCAGAGACGGAGACUGAGUGACAGCACACAGAUCGACCCUCAGAUAUCAGAGGACGUCUCUGGUUUGGAAAGAAGUGCUCGCCGUCAGCUGUUAAACCCUGACAAGGACAAGUUCAUCCGUCUGCGUGUCAGACUGAUCCCCUUCGAAUCAGCUGCUGCCCAUCCAGGGAACUUUGUGGUGGUUUUGUCGAGCAGCAGCAGAGUUUUCGGCCUGAUCAGGAUGAUCCAGGACCGGGUCGGGAUCCAGACCUCCAGGCUGGAGGUUUUCCGGAGCAGAGUGCCCACAGAGGAGGCCCGCCUGCUACCAGAGUGCUCCCUGGAGGAGUGUGGCUUUAAAGGGGGGCCAGAGGAAACUCCUCCAGAGGACACUGUGUACUACGACUACAGACUGCCGUUUACAGACUGUCCCAUCCUCAACUGUGACCAGUACUUCAGGUCAAAGCCAGACUCUGCUGCCGGUGUCCGUAAAUGACAUAACUGUCCAACUUUUUUUAGCCAUGCAUGUUAGCAGUGUGGAUAUAGAGAUGUCGGUCGGCCUACUACUUUUAACUUGCCAUCUUGGCAGUGCCUUGACUUGCCGGCUUCCUUCUAAUCCAAAAAAAUGGAGAGAGGUGGAGCUGAGGCGAGUUGCUGCAGCUAGCCACCUGUGAUGGUACCCACCUGUCACUCAAAGCGGCCAUGAAUAUAACUAUGCAUAACUUUUUUGUACCAGAUUUAGCUACUAGCUCAUUGCCAUCUGCAUUGACUAGAUAAAUAGCUAAUGUUAGCAUGCUAAGAGUAAAUUGUCAUAUUUUUGUUGGGUCUAACUCUUUUUUUUUUUUUUUUAUUAAAUAGAGUUAUUUUUUUGUAUAACAAUCUUUAUGAAGUAUAUUAAAUGAUGUCUUGAGCUUGACUUAAAAUCUUGAAGUGGUAGCUGUGGCCUCUCAAACCUCUUUACUCUGUCUUUCACAAAUUACAAGCCAUGUUUUCCUGGUU